UUGAAAGUGACACACUCACACUGGUGAUUAGAAGCUGCUCCUCUGCACCGAUCACGUCCCGCUGGUACUGUGACUCGGACGCCGGUGUCUUGAGGUCUGUGUUUGUUUUUUGGUCGCUUCUCUUUCGGCUGCGUCGCGUUACUUUUGCGCCUUCUCUCUCUCUCGGCGAUGAGUUCAGAGGAGCGAGGACUUCAGAGCAGCGAGCGGCGGACGGAUGCGUGAAGAGAAGACGAGAGAGAGAAAGUCCAGAUUGAGUUAAAUUAUCAAGUUUGACUUGUGCGCUCCGGUGCGUCAGAGGACUCCAGGAUAAACUGCUGCUGUUGUCAGAGUCUCUCCCCCUCUCUUUCUCUCCCUUUCUCUCUCUUCCUCUGUGCCACCACUUCCCCUCAGACGCGCGCAUCCUCCGUCCAGUCUCCGAGCAUCUCGGCACAUCCUCUCCGCAGCUUUACGCGCAAUCGUCCCCACAGACACUCACCGGCACCACCAACUCUAACUUUGCCUCCUCCCGUCUUUGUGGAUCUCCGGUGCGACUCCGACCCCGAGUCCAGAUUCGGCGCAGACAGAAUCCGCGUAAAUCCGCCGCCGUGUGUCCGGGAGCCGAAGCUCAGCUCCAGCCCUGGAUUCAAUACUGCUGAUCAAUGGACAGAGCCUCCUCAGCGGCCAGCAGCGCUACAGACACGCCGUAAACAACUCGUUCUCUCUGGCUGGAGCUCCUCUGGGGGUCUGGAGGAGGAUGGAGCGAGGAGGGGAGAGUCCCAUCACCCAGGACAGUCCUGAGCGGAGGGGAGGCAGCCCGGACCUCAGCGGCCUCCCACCACCGGGGAAGAAGAGCCGCUUAGAGCUCAACGGGAGCCCCACCGGACCCCGCAUACGCCACAAUGGAGCGCCGCUGAGACCCCUGGGAGGUCUGAUGAUCCCCGUCUUCUGCGUGGUGGAACAGGCGGAUGGAGGGAUUCAGACGGACGGAUGCGAGGGCAGGGAGGAGCACGCAGAGUUUGUGCUGGUCAGGAGGGAUAUUCUCUUCUCUCAGCUGGUGGAGACGGCUCUGCUCGCCCUCGGCUACUCCCACAGCUCAGCGGCACAAGCACACGGCAUCAUCAAGGUGGGAAGGUGGAACCCUCUCCCCAUCCACUUUCUGACCGACGCUCCGGAGGCUACAGUCGCCGACAUGCUGAUGGAGGUCUACCACAUGGUCACGCUACGUAUUCAACUACAAAGUUUUUCGAAGCUGGAGGACCUGCCCUGUGAACAGUGGAACCACGCGACCGUCAGGAACGCUCUCAAAGAGCUGCUGAAGGAAAUGAACCAAAGCACUCUGGCCAAAGAGUGUCCUCUAUCACAGAGUAUGAUCUCCUCCAUAGUGAAUAGUUCGUACUAUGCCAACGUCUCCACUGCCAAAUGUCAGGAGUUUGGACGCUGGUACAAGAAGUAUAAGAAAAUCAAAGUCGAUUAUCUGGAGAAGAUGUGGUCUGGACGAGACGCUGCUGACAUCAAAAUAGAGAGAGACAACAUGGCAGACUUCUGUGUGCUGGGUCAGAGACCACCUCCUCACCUGGCCGGCCUGGCCCAGCUCGGUCACCUGGGAGCGGGUAGUCCACUCCUGAAAUCUGGAUCUGGAGAUCUGUCCUCCCAGCCACUGCAGCAGCCUCCACCUCCCCAGCAGCAGCCCUCGCCCCACGGCCCCCUUCAUCACAGCCCUCCUCUGCGCACGGGCCAGGUGCCUCCUCCGCCCCCUCCGCCCCCGCCCGGUAGCCUGCAACCCCUGCUGGGGCCAGGUGGGCUGCUGUCGCCUCAACUGUCCCCGCAGCUGGUACGUCAACAGCUCGCCAUGGCCCACCUCAUCAACCAGCAGCUAGCCGUAAGCCGCCUGCUGGCCCACCAGCACCCGCAGGCCCUCAACCAGCAGUUCCUCAACCACCCACCCAUCCCUCGGGGCUCGUCCAAAGCUGGCGGCGACCAUCCAGGGAGCAACCCCUCGGCCGCCGAAGUCUCCUCUGAAAUCUACCAGCAGGUCAGAGACGAGCUGAAGAGAGCUAGUGUCUCCCAGGCCGUGUUCGCCCGUGUGGCUUUCAACCGCACACAGGGUUUGCUGUCAGAGAUCCUGAGGAAGGAGGAGGACCCUCGCACAGCCUCACAGUCGCUGCUGGUCAAUCUCAAAGCGAUGCAGAACUUCCUCAACCUGCCCGAGACCGAGAGAGACCGGAUCUACCAGGAGGAGCGAGAGCGAACCAUGAACCCUUCAGUCGGCCUCCCUGCCUCCAACUCCUCCAACCCCGGCCCUCCACGCCUCUCACAGAAAGUGUGGGAGAGAAGCUUGGAUGACCAGAUAACCCCUGAUACCUGGGCCUCCAUCUGGAAGAACAAGACUAAGAUCUCGAACUCGCCCAAGCCGUCCGGUCCGGCCCCCGACCUUCCGCUGAAGCUGGAGUCGCUGGUUAACAUCACGUCGGGCGUCUACGAUGAAAUCCAGCAGGAGAUGAAGAGAGCGAAGGUGUCCCAGGCUCUGUUUGCCAAAGUGGCCGCCAACAAGAGUCAGGGUUGGCUGUGCGAGCUGCUGCGGUGGAAGGAGAACCCCAGCCCGGAGAACCGCACGCUGUGGGAGAACCUGUGCACCAUCCGGAGGUUCCUGGCGCUGCCGCAGGCCGACAGAGACCUGGCGUACGAGGAGGAGUCCAGACACCAUCACUCCGAGAGGCUGCACACCGUCCUCCACCUGCCGCAGGACACACAGCUCUUUUGUCUUUCCCGUCAGGCACUUCACAGGCCACCCCCGGUCCCGAUGAAGGAGCACCGCCUGUCCCCGAUGCGAGAGGAACCGCUAUCUGCCCCAGGGAACGAGGAGGGCUCACAGAACGUGGGAGCAGGAGGGGCGGGAGGGUGUCCCGGCUCUGUUGGUAGUGCUGGGAGCAACAAGAAGCCACGAUCACGCACUAAGAUUUCCCUGGAGGCCCUGGGUAUCCUGCAGAGCUUCAUCCAAGAUGUCGGCCUGUAUCCAGACCAGGAGGCCAUCCACACCCUGUCGGCUCAGCUCGACCUGCCCAAACACACCAUCAUCAAGUUCUUCCAGAACCAGCGCUACCACGUGAAGCACCACGGCCGCCUCAAGGAGCUGUGUGAGGGGGCUACCGCCAGCGGAGGUGUGGACGUCAGCGAGUACAGAGAAGAAGAGUUGCUGUCGGGCUCAGAGGACCCAGAGUCCAGUGAGGAUGGAGCUGAGGACAUCUACCAGUCCACAGAGGGUAAUGGUGGGAGCACAGGAGGCCUGAACCAGCCUUCAGCAUCCUCCGGCUCCAGCACCAGCUCCGGCCAGUCAUCCUCAGGAGCCACCGUGGCUCAGGAGGAGAGCAAGGACAAGGGACACAGCCGGCCAGGGGGCAACAUGGCCCCCGGGAGCUCCUCAUCCAGUCCUAGAGAGCAGGCUGACUACCAGAGGUAGAGACUGACAAACAGAGAGGAGAGGCCAGGAGAAAAGAGAGAGGGAGGAGAAUCUACAAUGCAGAACUGAGGAACUGGAAUCAAACUGAUGGAAUAUGGCUGCACAGAAACUGUAUGAGGCGUAAAUGUCUCUGUAGGUACACAUCAAGCAAGAAAACCAUUAGACUGAAAUACUGCGACCAGACAGACUCUUUAUCGUGACAAUCCCAGACAGACAUCUGUGAAAACCUGAUUUAUGGAGUGAAAUUACCUCAGCCAAAGACAGCAGGUUCGCAGAGUGCUGUGCCACGGCGUAACUGUGAAACAGCUUUUCCACAAACGUUUGAACCAUUCACUCCAGGGUUUCAUUAGCAGGUGAGACUACUGCUGUUCAGGCCUCCGACCGACAAAACAGGCACAAACACCAAACCCACAGAACUUUCUAUGAAUCAACCAGUCGUCAGAAGAGAAAUUGUCCCUGCUCCUCCUCUCUAACGUCCGAGCACAGUCCCAUACAGGACGUUAAGUCCACAUGUGCUGAUUGACAUUUGAUUGACUGGAUCCCGGGGUCCUCUCGGACCUCUGCAAUCCUACGAAUCCUCAGGACACACACUGAUGUUGCUAAAUGCUGUCGCCUGCCGCGGACUUGCCCUUCACCUUGCAGCUUCGUUUCAUAGUGGAUGAAAAAAAAGAAAAAAAAAAGAAAAGUAAUAAAAGGGGAAACGACCACCUGACGUCCCGCCCUCAUCUCACCGUCACACUCCAGAGUCACUACCAGUCCUAUCAAGCACUUACUGUUCACAAAGACACUGAUGUAUUGUGGAUGUGAUGACCUCUGUCCUCCCUCAGCGGACAGUCUGGCAGGAGGACAGUGGACGGAAAUCCAGAGGAUGUGGCGUGUAGGGACACUCGGGGCUCUGAACCCUCGCCUGGCACCGCCCGCAUACGUGUGGCGAGAAAAAAAUGUCCAGAAAGCGAGGACAGAGUGGAGAUUCAGCAACCAAACAAUCAGUCACUUUAUGUGCGGUCGUCCACCCCUUCCACUCUUCCUCUCUCGCUCUCCUCCUUUUCCUCUCUCUAAUUGGUGCCCACGGUCUUGUGUUUCACCACACCUACCCGCACUUAAACUUCACCAACCCUAUUUAUUGCUAUCUUUAUCCAUGAUUAUUAUUAUCAUUAUUGUUAUUAUUGUUGUUAUUAUGGUUAGAAUUGCUGUCAUCCUGUGCUAUUUUUAGGUUUUAUUUCCAUGGUUUUUAAAUAUUGGUUUUCAGAACUGGGCGGUUGUUUGGGUAACAAGAGACAUUAAGAGCACGCUGCCCUAAAAGACGACGACGACGAAGAAGAAGAGGAGGAGGAGGAGGAGGAGCGGAGAGUGGAAGAAAAUUAAAAAAGAAGCAGUUACUGAG